CCUGAGGGAAAGAGGAAGUUCUGCUGGAAACGUCCUGUAAAGAGGCUCUGAUGUCCGGACAGCGGGAGGGAGAGCCCCGGCAUGAGGAGGAGCAGAAAGAGCUACAGUCAGAGGACAACACCAGAGAGAUGUCCGCGUCCUCUUCUUCCACAGGACGGUCAGACGACUGUACCGGGAGCACAGAGGAACACCUGAUACCUACAUAUUAUGAUGCAGAUGAUUCGGUUGUCGCACCAGAUACAUAUGAAAAACGUGCCAUUAUCCCAGUUGUAUUCUCAGACCUUCAAAUCAAAAAUCUGCCACCUGAUCCUUUAAAAAAUGCAAACCACAGAAGUGGUGCUGGAUCCCAAGGAGCUCAGAAAGGGAAGAAGUCUUAUUCAUGUUCAGAAUGUGGCAAAUGUUUUACUCAGAAAUCAAGUCUUAAUAUCCACAAAAGACAUCACACAGGGGAGAAGCCAUAUUCAUGUUCAGAAUGUGGCAAAUGUUUUACUCAGAAAUCAAAUCUUGAGAGGCAUCAGAUAGUUCACACAGGGGAGAAGCCAUAUUCAUGUUCAGAAUGUGGCAAAUGUUUUACUCUAAAAUCACAUCUUGAUAUCCAUCAAAGACAUCACACAGGGGAGAAGCCGUAUUCAUGUUCAGAAUGUGGCAAAUGUUUUACUCGAAAAUCACAUCUUGAUAUCCAUCAAAGACAUCACACAGGGGAGAAGCCAUAUUCAUGUUCAGAAUGUGGCAAAUGUUUUACUCAGAAAUCAAGUCUUAAGAGCCAUCAAAGACAUCACACAGGGGAGAAGCCGUAUUCAUGUUCAGAAUGUGGCAAAUGUUUUUCUCAGAAAUCAAUUCUUAAGAGCCAUCAAAGACAUCACACAGGGGAGAAGCCAUAUUCAUGUUCAGAAUGUGGCAAAUGUUUUUCUCAGAAAUCAAGUCUUAAGAGCCAUCAAAGACAUCACACAGGGGCGAAGCCGUAUUCAUGUUCAGAAUGUGGCAAAUGUUUUUCUCAGAAAUCAAGUCUUAAGAGCCAUCAAAGACAUCACACAGGGGAGAAGCCAUAUUCAUGUUCAGAAUGUGGCAAAUGUUUUACUCUAAAAUCACAGCUUGAUAUCCAUCAAAGACAUCACACAGGGGAGAAGCCGUAUUCAUGUUCAGAAUGUGGCAAAUGUUUUUCUCAGAAAUCAAGUCUUAAUAUCCACAAAAGACAUCACACAGGGGAGAAGCCAUAUUCAUGUUCAGAAUGUGGUAAACGUUUUGCUGAUAAAUCAAAUCUUCAUAACCAUCAGAGAAUUCACACAGGGGAGAAGUCGUUUUCAUGUCCAGAAUGUGGAAAAUGUUUUGCUAGGAAAAAUCAUCUUGCUGAGCAUUUACAAAUUCACACAGGGGAGAGGUCAUUUUCCUGUCCAGAAUGUGGAAAAUGGUUUACUCGGAAAGCAAAUCUUGUUAAUCAUCUGAAAUCUCACACAGAGGAGAAAUGAUAUUAAUGGCC